AUGGAGCUGGGCUGGCUGCUGGCRUGGGGCGCCGCGCUGCUGCUGGGCCUGCGCGUCCUCAUGGAGCUCAGCGCCGCCGCCAACUUCGCCCUGCGCAUCGGCCUCUACUCGGUGCUCUGCGUCGUGGGCUCCGCGCUCGCGGCGCCCGUCUGCGUCCUCGUCAACGGCGGCCGCUCCGUGAAGAACAUGAGAAUCAUCAAAGCUGUGGUCAAGAGUUUCAAGUAUUUCUUUGGCCUGAGGUUUGAGGUGAAAGGCCUGCAGAACUUCGAGGUGGAGGGCCCUGCUAUCAUCGUGUCCAACCACCAGAGCAUCCUUGAUAUGAUGGGGCUGAUGGAGGUCCUGCCCGAUGGCUGUGUCCAGGUGGGCAAGAAGGAGCUCAUGUACGCCGGCAGCGUGGGGCUCAUCAUCUACCUGGGUGGCGUCAUCUUCAUCAACAGGAAGAGCACCAGCAGUGCCAAGAUGGUGAUGGCUGAGGUGGCCAAGACCAUGGUGGCCGAGAACGUGAAGGUGUGGGUGUACCCGGAGGGCACCAGGAACUGCACGGGAGACUUGCUGCCCUUCAAGAAAGGAGCGUUUCACCUCGCCGUGCAGGCACAGGUCCCAGUGAUCCCUGUGGUGUAUUCCUCCUUCACCUCCUUCUACAACCCGAAGAAGAAGCUCUUCAAAUCAGGCAAAAUCAAGGUCGAGGUUCUGCCCCCGAUCGAGACCAAGGGUCUGACACCAGAUGACGUCUCAGACCUCACGGACAGGUGUUUUUGUCUCAUGCGGGAGACCCUCUUCAGGCUGUCGGGCCGCCCAGCCCAAGUGAAGGACUCCUCCUAGAUGCCUCUCCAGUGGUGUCACCGUGUGGUGGUGGCCAAAGGGACCGGUCUGUUGCCAAAUACCAAAGGGACUUCCCUUCCUCUGCAGUGACUUCUAGCUCUGGGGACACCACUUUGGCACACACAGGGUGUCAAGCCAGCCCCGCUGAGUGGAUUUCUCCCGUGGGUUCCUUAUCUUGCUAUGAAAUGUCUCUCUUUUUUUUUUUUUCCUGGGUUUCUCAGGCAUCGAUUUUAUGCUACCAAAGGGCUCGAUGACCAGAGAGGUGAGUCCCUGCCUCCAGCUCAGGUGCCUGGGCUGGAGCAGUGCCCAGACCCCAGCUGGGCUUUGCCUCCUGGGUCUCCGUGUUCCUGCAGGCGCAGGGAGGAGGGUACCCUGGGCUGCUCAUGGUCCUGGCUGGAAAACCGCAGGGCAGCAGCCCUGGCCUGCACAGCCCUGGCACCCCCUGCACAGAGCCGAGAAUUGGGCGAAAAAAUCCAAACUUUGGGUCUGACGGCACCGCGCUCAGGCAAGGUGCCUGGCUUGAGCUGCGAUCCCGGCCCUUUAGCACUUCCCUAUGCCGGGAAUGUGGUGUCCUCCCCUGGGUGGAUCCGGAGCAGAGCUCAAAGGCCAGCGCUGGGAAAGGGCCAGGUCACUUUCCCCCUUGAGACCCUCCCUCGUGCUGGGGUUAGGCCCAGGUGGGUACUGGUGGCAAAGCCUUGGCUUUGGAAGCCAGAGCUGGAAAAAAGGAAUGUGUGGGGCCAUUUAGCCUUAGAGGGGUGUCCUGGCGCUUCACUCCUCGCCUGCACAAGUGCUCUGGCUAGUGGAGAGAUGCAGAAACAGGGAGCAGCAGCUCACCAGGCUGGCUUGUGUUUUGGGGAGCAUUUAGCCGAAUCCUGCCCCCUCUCCCCAGCAGCACCUUUGGAAAGAGCUCACGGCAGGUGCCCGUGGUCCRGCGUGCUGCCAAGGGCUCCGCCGCACGAACAGCCUCUUGUCACAUCGGCAUUGGCCAAAAGAUGGUGCCUGUGACGUGUCCGUGCUGGACCGGGCAGCUCCUGCUCUGGAAAAUGGGGUGCUCAGGGACCGUGGGCCACCCAGAGCCCGCUUGCGGGAUACGGGCUCCUCUGGGRGACGGGCCCCUUUGGGAUAUGGGCUCCUUGCUCCGUAGGGAGCUCGGAUACGGGUUCCCCUUGGCUCAGAGCCCUGGGUUUGGG